CUGCCGAGCUGCAGGAUCUAAUCAGUGUGUGGGGAGAAGAGACAGUUCAGUCCCAGCUGCGAUCCAGCCGCAGAAAUUAUGAUAUCUACGGCCAGAUAUCACAGUCAAUGCAAGACAGGGGCUAUGACCGAGAUGCCGUUCAGUGUAGGGUUAAGGUGAAAGAACUGAGAAGUGCCUACAGCAAAGCCCGUGAUGGAAACCGUCGCUCUGGUGCUGCCCCCACUACCUGCCGGUUUUACAAGGAGCUGGAUGCGAUACUGGGAUGUAACCCCACUGCCAAUCCUAGGAUCAUAUCGGACAGUUCACAGCCUGGAGACCAGGGUGAAGGGGACACAGAGGGUGAUGUCCCUGCAGACUGCAGCCAGGAGCUGUUUUCUACCCAGGAAGAAGCAAGCCAGUCGCUGGGUGCUACUAUUGAGGAAGGAUCAGAGGAGUCUGUUCCAGUGACCUUGACUACAUCUGGAGCAACAGAUAGUUCUGAAAGGCUAAGAAACUUAAGAAAGAAGCCUAGGAAAUCGAAGGAACAGCUUGUGAAAGCAGUCAUGAAUAUGUUUUCCGCAGAACAGAAAAAGUUACAGCAUUGGCGGGAAAAACGUAGCAUUAAGAAGGAUCAGGCAGCAAAGAGAACCACAGAUCGGCUGCUAAGCCUCAUGGAACGCCACACAGACCUCAUGCAGUCAAUGGUAGACAUGCAGGCAGAGCACUACCGUGGCUGCCUCACCCCAUCCCAAAACUCAGCACAUUGUGCCCCACUGUUUCCUCAAAACACCCAUUUCCAGCAUCCUGGUGCUUACCACCACCAACUGCCCCCAACACCAAUACGUUCACCUCACAUCCAUGAUAACUGCGACCCUUACCCAAUGCACUCAACCCCCAUCACCAUGCAGCAUUUUAAUCCUCAAGUGCAGCAGGCAGUGCAUAGCCCUCAAGGAAGAACAUAUUCAAACCUGUGAGUGUAAUGCUCCUCACCGUACCCCCCCUUCCUGUUGUAUGUACUGUAUUUUUAAUAAAGGAUUUCUUGUC